UUUUCAAAUUCGAAUACCUUUCGUUCGGACUGUUUUGUUUUCGAACAUCUUUCAUUCGAAUCAAACCAAACGUCAAACCCACUUUGUUUAUGAAGGAGUGAAUAAUUUCCGCAGCGGAUGAGCGGUGAACUGCAAAAAUGGAAAAAAACAAAAACAAAACAACCACUAAAAAUCAGUUCGAGCGGAUUGUGCUGCUUCUGGAGCAAGAGCCGGACAUAGCAAAGGGUUUCUCCCGAGGAAAUUCCGGACCCUUCUGGGAUGAUCUGGCGGCAGAAGUCAAUAGUUUGGGACCGCCUAUUCGCGAUGGAAGUGGAUGGAAAAAGGUUUGGGCGGACUAUAAGUCCGGAUUAAAGCGAAAACUCGCUCACAACAAACGGGAGCAGAGGGCGACAGGUGGAGGACCCAAUAAAAUUAUCAAUUUGUCCGAGCUGGAGGAGCAGGCAGUUCUACUAACUGGGUUACUUGCGACCGUGGAAGGAAUCCCGGGUACCUCAUCUCAUGGAACACAGUUGGGUUCGCCUUCGGGUGAACCUCAAGCUGCAGACCAGGAAAAUUUUAUAUAUUAUGGUACUUCCGACGAGUGUGACGGUAUCAAUAAUACCAUUCACUUCCAGCCCUCUCAGCCGAAAAAAUCCAGACCUUCUACCACGAGGCUAUUAGAGCUGCAAGUCGAGCAACAAAACAAAUUUCACACCAAUGUGAAAUCCCUGUUAAAAAACACAAACAAGAAUUUGAGUGAUCUGGUUCAUUAUCAGCGCCAAUCAGCUCGAGCGAUUCUUUCCGUGGAUGCCACACUCAAAGAACAUCUGAGUGAACAAAAACGACAUAACCACGAGAUGGAGAAGAUCGCGCUGGAGAAAUCAAUAGCGACAAAUCCUUGAAACGCAGAUUGCGUAUAUUUCAGAACAUUAGAAUAAUGUUUCAAAAUAUCAGUGAUCUGAUUUUUUAUCUUUAUAUUGUAACUCAAGUAUAAAAAAAUGAAAAAAGUUCUAAUCGUAUUUUUAUAUCUUUCCAUGGAAGAAAAAUCUUACUUAAUUUUUUCUUUGAAGUUUGUUUGGAAUAGCAUCAAAAUUAUAUAAACUUUUUUAAAAUUCACGAAUUUCGCCUAUAGUUUAUGGAACUUCCUUAACCCCUUCACGUACAACAUUGAACUUCACUCGUUGUUUCUCGAUGUGAAAUAAUUACAUAGCUUCAGGCAUAUGAUGAGGAUACCGACAACUGAAGAUUAUCAAAUUUCCGUUAUUUAAAAAAAAAAUUGA